AUGGAAAUUGGAGAAGAGAAUGUCGUUCAAGUAGUGACAGAUAGUGCUUCAGCCCUUGUAUCUGUUGGACAAAAGUUGAUGGAUAAAAGAAAGCAACUCUUUUGGUCACCUUGUGCAGCCCACUGUCUUGAUUUGAUUUUGGAAGACAUUGGUGGCAUUACAGUGUUCUAUAAUACCAUUUGGAAAGCAAAAAGAAUUACAAAUUUCAUUUAUAGGCACACAUGGGUGUUGAAUUUAUAUAGAACCUUUUCCAAAGGUAGAGAGUUAGCUAGGCCAGCAAUAACAAGGUUUGCUACGUCAUUUUUGACAAUGCAGUCAAUUUUGAAACAAAAGAAUGCACUUCGCUCUAUGUUUGCAUCUGAAAAAUGGGUUAAUAGUGCUUAUUCCUCUAGGCCGGAAGCCAAAUUUGCAGAAAAUGUUGUUUUGGCUGAUAAAAGGUUUUGGAAAUCAAUACAUUAUUGUUUGAAAAUUGUGUCUCCUCUUGUGAAAGUUCUCAGACUUGUGGAUGGUGAUUCAAAACCUACAAUGGGAUACAUUUAUGAGGCUAUGGAUAGAGCAAAGGAAGAAAUAGCAAAGAGUUUUAAUCAUGAGGAAAAGAGAUAUAAGGAUGUAUGGGAAAUCAUUGACAAGCGUUGGGAUUUACAACUUCAUAGGCCUCUUCAUGCAGCAACAUAUUUUCUUAACCCAAAUUUUGGAGAAGACUGCAAAGAGCUGCAAACAAUAGCUAUUCGUAUUCUAAGCCUCACUUGCAGUGCUACAGGGUGUGAGAGAAAUUGGAGUGUGUUUGAUCAAAUUUACUCUAAGAGAAGAAACCGUUUAGAGCAACAAAGGUUGAAUGCUCUUGUGUUUGUUAAAUACAACCUUCAACUUGAAAUUAGGCAAAAACAAAGGGAGGAAAAAGGAGACACAUAUGAUCCUAUCUGCUUAUCAGAUUUAGAUUCCGACGAGGAAUGGAUUACUGAGCAAGAGGAGCCUUGCCUAAUGGAUGAGGAAUCUUGGAUGGAUGUUCAUGAGUGCUUCGACACUGAUGAAGGAGACCAAAGCAAAAAGAGAAAGAGAGGUCCUCGAAAUCUUCAAGAUGAUAGGAAUGAUAGAGGCAAAGGCAAAGAACCUCAAAUUGUUGAACAAGAUAUCGAAGAUGAGUCAAAUGACUCUACUAAUGGAGAAGAUAAAGGACUAGAUAUGCCAAUACUAGAUGCUGAUAGUGAUAGUGAUAAUAUUAGUCUUGAAAUAUGA